UAUCUAUUAAUUAAUUAAAACUACACGCAUUCCACAUGGAACUCCAAUGGAGACUGUACACUGAUCAUUAUUUCGGCUUCAUAUACAAGACGACACAGUAGUAAGAUACCAUCGCCAUUUCAACGAAAUAACCAGCACCAUAACCCGACGUCGUUUUCUAUCAGACUAAACAAUGUCAUAUAAAAGAGAGUAACAGAUUCAUAGAUCACAAGAUCCAGAAACUUCAAUCAAUCAAUCAAUGGAGGUUAAAUCCAGAGCUCCCGGUAAAAUCAUCUUAGCCGGCGAACACGCCGUAGUUCACGGAUCAACCGCCGUUGCUUCUUCCAUCGCUUUAUACACCUACGUUUCUCUCCGCUUAUCCACUCCUUCUUCCGAAAAUGAAGAAUCGUUGAAACUUGUUCUGAAGGAUGUGGAUUUGGAAUUCUCGUGGCCGAUAAGUAGAAUUAGAGAAGCUUUUCCUGAUUAUGUUGCUUUGUUAUCUUCAACACCUGCUUCAUGCUCUGGUGACUCUACCAAAUCAAUUGCGGCUUUAGUUGAAGAACUUAGUAUACCUGAGGCUAAAAUUGGACUUGCUUCUGGAGUUUCUGCUUUUCUUUGGUUAUACUUGUCUAUCCAAGGAUUUAAGCCUGCUACCGUGGUUAUAUCUUCUGAACUUCCUUUGGGUGCGGGCUUGGGUUCCUCGGCGGCAUUCUGUGUGGCUCUGGCGGCUGCUCUGCUUUCUGUCACUGAUUCUGUUUCUGUGGAUUUGUGCCAACAAGGGUGGCACUCUUUUGGGGAGAAAGAACUUGAUUUGGUAAAUAAAUGGGCUUUUGAAGGUGAGAAGAUCAUCCAUGGAAAGCCCUCUGGAAUUGACAAUACAGUCAGUGCAUAUGGUAACAUUAUCAGCUUCAGAUCUGGUAACUUGACACGGAUGAAGUCAAAUGUGCACCUUAAAAUGCUCAUUACCAACACGAAAGUAGGUAGAAACACAAAAGCAUUGGUAGCUGGUGUUUCGGAGAGAAUGCUGAGGCACCCAGGUGCCAUGGCUUUUGUGUUUAGUGCAGUUGAUUCUAUCAGCAAAGAAUUGACGACCGUUCUCCAGUCACCUACCCCAGACCAUCUCUCUGUUACCCAGAUUGAAGAGAAGGUAGAAGAGCUAAUGGAAAUGAAUCAAGGUCUGCUCCAGAGUAUGGGGGUCAGUCAUGCCACAAUAGAAACUGUUCUUCAAACAACAUUGAAGUACAAGUUAGCUUCUAAGUUGACAGGAGCUGGUGGUGGAGGAUGUGUUCUGACAUUGCUUCCAAUAUUGCUAUCCGCCACCGUUGUUGAUAAAGUGAUUGCUGAACUGGAGUCAAACGGGUUUCAAUGUUUCAUUGCUGGAGUUGGUGGAAAUGGUGUUGAAAUUAGCUUUGAGCAUUCAUCUUGAUGUUCUAUUAUUUAUUUUUUCCUAGGAAUGAAGUCAAUGAUCAAGGGAUCCGAUUAAUAAAUAGUAUGGAAGUACAUGUAUCACUUUGUAACAUUUUUGUGCAUUUUGAAAUUCUAGACAAGCCAAUGUAAUGUGGCAGCUCACACUAUUGUUAGGGUAGCUCACUAAUCAAGCUUGUGCUCAGUUGUUUGUUUUGUUUACUUCCAUUCCUGAUUGUAUUGUUCAUCUUAUUGAAAGUGAAAUGCAAUAGUCUUUUUACAGUCAAAAAGAAAAA